AUGUUUCUUCAAUAUAAACUCCUACCCAAUAACCAACCCCAUCAACAUUACACCUUCAACAACUGUACAUUUCAAUAUUCUCUCAUUCUUGAAACCAAAUGGCUUCAGAACAAGCACCCGCGGUUGAGAUGCCAGCUACCACCUUUUCGAAAUACACGAAAAGGGUGAUGUUGAAAAAUAUAUUACUACGUAGUGAUGGUGGAGUUGCAUUAAUUGGUCAGAGAGUUGUGAUUGGUGGUUGGGUUAAGUCAUCCUUGGAGAUCAAGAAACAACCCGUAACGCCACCUCAGCCACCUUCAACUGCUCCUCAGGUGGUGAGUCCAAAAGAUGUUACAUGUUAUGAGGUUCUUCAAUCUAGGAUUCCAUUACUCAGGUCUAUUAUGAAGGUUUUUGGUGGAGGGGAAUAUCCUGUUACAGAGAAAUUGGAUGUUGUUGUUCAAAAGGCGCAAAUACCCUCAGUUUCGAUAUUGCGAGUUAGUGAUGGUUCUUGUGUGCCCAGUCUUCAGGUUCUUGUGGACUCAGCACUAGCGACUCCGCGCCAAAUUAUGCCUACUGGAACAUGUGUAUUAAUUGAAGGUAUAUUGCAGCAGCCAUCAGUGCAGGGGAAACAUGUUGUUGAGCUCCAAGCAGAGAAAAUCAUAUAUCUUGGUUUGGUUGAUGAAUCUAAUUAUCCAUUAUCUAAGAAACGAUUGCCUCUGGAAUCUUUGAGAGAUUGUUCCCACUUUAGGCCACGGACAACAACGGUAGCAUCCAUCAUGAGAAUUCAUAAUGCCCUUACUUGGGCAACUCAUACUUUCUUCCAAGAACAUGGUUUCCUUCACGUUCAAGUACCCAUAAUUACAAGCACUGAUUCUGAAGGUUUUAGCGAGAAAUUUAUAGUUACAACUCUUCUUAGCAAGGGGAAAAAGGAUGACCAAAUUAGUUCCAUUGAGAAUGAUGGAAUUAGCAUUGAAUCCAUCCGAGCUUCUAUCAAAGAAAAAUCCAAAAAAGUGGAAGAACUUAGCAGAACUAAUAGCAAUAAGGAAGCCUUAAUUGCUGCAGAGCAGGACCUGAAGAAAACAAAUGAGCUAGUGUCACAGUUGGAAACUAGGCAAAAAGGAAAAUCUGGAGUCACAAUUGAAACAAGAAAAUUUGACUUCUCUAAAGAUUUCUUUGCACGCCAAACUUAUCUAACAGUUUGUGGUCGUCUUCAUCUGGAGAGUCAAGCAUGUGCUCUUGGAAAUGUCUACUCAUUUGGCCCCAGAUUUCAAGCAGACAAAUCAGAGUCGAAAAAGUCAUUAGCUGAGACAUGGAUGGUAGAUGUUGAAAUGGCCUUCUCAGAGUUAGAGGAUGCCAUGGAUUGCGCGAACGACUUUUUGAAGUUUGUAUGCAAAAGAAUUGUGGAGGGUUGCAUGGAAGAUCUACAAUUCUUUUUGCAACGGAUAGAUAAAGCUGUUAUGGAGCGCCUUCAAUUUGCCCUAUCAAGUUCAUUUGAAAGGAUUUCCUAUGCCAAAGCCAUAGAAGUUUUGAGACAGGUUUCUGGCAAGAGAUUUCAUAAUAAGAUAGAAUUUGGAGUUUCUUUGACCGAAGAACAUGAAAGUUAUUUGGUUGAUGAGCUAUAUAAAAAGCCAGUCAUAAUAUACAACCAUCCAAAAGGACUUAAGCCAUUUUAUGUCCGUUUGAAUGAUGAUGGGAAGACGGCUGCAACAUUUAAUGUGAUUUUACCAAAGGUAGGAACUGUGGUUAGGGGAAGCCAAAGUGAAGAACGCUUCAAUGUGUUGAGCUCAAGGAUGAAGGAACUGGGUUUGCAAAAACAGCAGCACGAAUGGUAUCUAGAUCUUCGCAGGCAUGGCUCUGCCAAAACCUCUGGUUUCAGCCUAAUGAUCGAACCUUUGGUGCUUUAUGCCACUGGCCUGAAUGAUGUCAAAGAUGCUGUUCCUUUUCCUAGAAGUUUCCGAAGAGCCAAUAACUAAGUCCUUAAGAAAAGAAUAGGCUACCAAAUCAAUGGAUGUACAUUCAAAAGCUUGCAACUUCAAUAUAACCAAUUGUGACAUACAUGAAGUACAUACAAGUACAGCUUUUCUCUGAGCAGACAAAACGUUUGUCGAUCUGUCUGCGCUGAGUUUGCUCAUACAUUUGUAAUUAUUGGAAACAUUUCAAGUUCUUAAUACAUAAGGUACUGCACAUUAAUUACCAAUUAA